AUUCGACGUAAUGAACGGAUUUCGAUGCAGCCGAAAUUGUUGCUCGUCUCGAAGACAUAAAUCAACCUAUAUAUCUCUGGGCGUGGCACGGCAUGUUUUGCUUCCAAUUUCAAUUGAAUUGUACUCUUAAAUUUUCUUUUCGUCGUGCAAACGGGUUCUAUAAUCAUAGAUAGUAAUAAAUGAAGCUAAAAAUAAGAAUGUCAUUGCAACGAAAGUAGAGAAAUUUGAGACUGUCUUUGAUACAAGUAUGGAAAAGAGGGGCAGUGCAGAACUCCUAGGUGCAGAGCAAAGCAAUUCCAAGAAUGCCAGUUCAGAUUCCCUUAAUUCAGACAGCAAGAGCAAUUCGCUUAAUUCAAAAAUGGGUCAGGAAUCGAAUUUGUCUGGAGGAGAUACGGGACCACCACUCUUGAAUGGAGAACGGGUACAAGGCAUUGCACACGAAGUUACCUACUUGUGUCCUUACUCAGGGCCUGCCAGAGGAAUCCUUAGUGUUACGAACUACAAGCUUCACUUUCGUAGUAUAGAUCGAGAAACGCCUUACGUUGUUGAAGUGCCGUUGGGAGUUGUUAGUCGAAUUGAAAAAGUUGGCGGUGCGUCGAGUCGAGGGGAAAAUUCUUACGGGAUUGAAGUGUUUUGUAAAGAUAUGAGGAAUCUCAGAUUUGCUCACAAGCAGGAGAACCAUUCCAGACGAGACGUAUUCGAGAAAUUACAACAAUAUUCUUUUCCAUUAUCUCACAAAUUACCUCUCUUCGCCUUCGAAUACUCUGAGACUUUUUCCGAAAAUGGUUGGAAUGUUUACGAACCUAUUGCAGAAUUAAAGAGAAUGGGUGUAAAUAACGACAUGUGGAAAAUAUCCAAAAUCAAUGAUACAUAUUCACUAUGCGACAGUUAUCCAGCUGUCUGGGCAGUGCCUGCCGCAGCGACCGAUGAGGAUCUUCAAGCCUCCGCGUCUUUUCGGAGUAGAGGUAGACUGCCGGUUCUCUCGUGGAUUCAUCCGGAAAGCCAAGCGACGAUAACUCGUUGCGCUCAGCCAUUAGUAGGUGUCGGGGGCAAACGAAGUCGCGAGGACGAGAGGUAUGUCCAGCUGAUAAUGGAUGCUAACGCACAAAGUCACAAACUUUUUAUUAUGGAUGCACGACCGAUGCCAAAUGCGAUAGCGAACAAAGCGAAAGGCGGUGGAUAUGAAAGUGAAGACGCUUAUCAGAAUGCAGAAUUAGUCUUUCUCGAUAUUCACAAUAUACAUGUCAUGAGAGAAAGUCUCAGGAAGUUAAAAGAAUUAUGCUUUCCUACAAUUGACGAAGCUCGAUGGCUAUCGGGUAUCGAAUCAACUAUGUGGCUUAAGCAUAUUAAAUGUGUUCUCGCUGGGGCUGUGAGAAUUGUGGAUAAAGUUGAAAAUCACAAGACUUCAGUCCUGGUCCAUUGUUCUGAUGGAUGGGAUCGAACAGCACAGCUUACAGCGCUCGCAAUGUUAAUGUUAGAUCCGUAUUAUAGAACAGUCAAAGGAUUCGAAGUUCUAAUAGAAAAAGAGUGGCUUAGUUUUGGGCAUAAAUUUCAACAGAGGAUAGGCCAUGGAGAUGAACAUCAUAGCGAUGCAGAUAGAUCGCCGGUGUUUUUACAAUUUAUCGAUUGCGUUUGGCAAAUAAUGCGGCAAUUCCCAAACGCUUUCGAAUUUAAUGAACAUUUUUUAAUCACUAUUCUCGAUCAUCUCUACUCUUGCAGAUUUGGCACGUUCUUAUUUAGCAGUGAACGUGAAAGAAUGCAAGAACAAGUGAAACAAAGAACAGUUUCUCUCUGGUCAUAUACCAACAGUCAAUUACCUCUUUAUUUGAAUCCACUUUACCGAUCCGGUACGAAUUAUCAGCUUGUUCUAAUGCCCGUUGCCAGUAUGCGGUAUAUCAAACCAUGGAAAAGUCUAUAUUGUAGGUGGAACCCCAGUAUGCGACAACAGGAUCCGGUCUAUCAAAGAACAAGAGAGCUUUUAGUCUUGAAAGAACAGCUCGAGAAGCAACUGGAGGAAGGUAAACGCGAGCAGGCCUCACGUGCGAAUCGGUCUGUUACCUCGCCAGCACCACCUAGGAUACAUUCCCCGGUGCAUAUAUAGCGCCACGGGGAACUCGGACUGUCUGAUAAUUUAUAGUUUUGUAAAUGAGCUGUAAACUCUUGAUGUACUCCCUCGAGUCAGUACAAGAUAUUUUGACUGAAUUCCGCUUGUGGAUGUUAUGUAUAAUACGCCCACUUGAUAAAGACAAAUCUAGAAUCGUGCG